AUGUGCAAAUCUUGUGCAGCAUGCAUCCGCGUGCUUAUGAUCUUGUUCAACAUAUUGUUCACAAUCGUAGGAAUGAUUGUUCUAGCUGCUGCCUUAUACUUCUACUUUUCAACAUUUGGAGUUAGAGGUACUGAUCAGCACAAUAUAUUGGCUUAUACUUAUAUUGUUAUGGCUGUCAUUGGGGCUUUGAGCUUUGUGUUGGGAAUAUUGGGUUGUUGUGGUUCAUAUCAUUAUAGUCGGUGUUUAUUGGGCUUUUAUUUCGCUUUGUUGUUGGUUAUAUUUGCUAUCGAAAUUGCUAUUGGUGUAGCUGGAUUUGUUCAUAGAGAACAGGCACGUGCAAUUAUUCAUGAAACACUGAAAGAAGGCGUUGAAGAUUGGAAAAAAUCUAGUAGUGAAGUUCGAUGGAUGGAUGCAAUCCAUGUUAUGUUCCAAUGUUGCGGUUACAAUGGACCUACUGACUAUGGUAUUACUCAAGUUCCUUCUUGUUGUUUAAAUGGUGAUUGUGCUAUGGAUUUUGCUUUGCUCAGUUUUCAAUCGGGUUGUAAAGAAAGAAUCGACAAUAUUAUGCAUAAUUUCUUAAUUGUAUGUAUUUCAGUGAUUACAAUCGCUGUUAUUGAGCUAAUUGGUUUAAUCUUUGCAUUGACUCUUUGUUGUGCUGUCAAUGAACGUGAUCCCAACGCUUAUUAUCAUCCAGUUGGAACAACAGCUUAA